UAAUUGUUUGAACAAAAAUGGUCACCACCACCGUUAUAUUAAGUCCACCACACUUAUCCCUCAUUUAAAACCCUCUCUCUCUCUCUCUCUCUCUCUCUCUCUCUCUCUCUGUGCAAUGGACACAAAAUAUGCAAUGACAUACAUCUUAGCCUUGGUGCUGGUAAUGGGUUUUGCAAAUUCAGACAUAGGGAAAGAUAGAGAAGAAUGUGCAAACCAAUUGGUGGGGCUGGCCACGUGUCUCCCUUACGUGGGCGGCGACGCGAAAGCACCAACCCCAGACUGUUGCUCGGGGCUCGGAGUAGUCGUGAAGAAUAGCAAGAAAUGCCUGUGCAUCUUGGUUAAGGACAGAGACGAUCCAAGCCUUGGGCUUAAGAUCAAUGCUACCCUUGCAUUAGAGCUUCCCACUCUUUGUCAUGCCCCUACUAAUGUAUCAGAGUGUCCUGCUCUCCUAAACUUACCACCAAACUCUCCAGAGGCCAAGGUGUUUGAGGAUUUUGCAAACAGUACCAAAGUUAGCAAUAGUACUACCCCAACCGGUCCUGGGAAUAAUUCCACUAGCAACGGAUCAAGUGCUAGGGUACAGAGUGAAGGUGGAAGAGGGAAGAGAUGGUUGAUAAUUGAUAUGGUUUGUGUAGUCAUGACUUGUAUGGUACUUCACAUAUUAGUAAGGGAACCUCUGAUCUGAUGGCCUGUUUAUUGGUUCAAGGGGGGUUACAAUCCCCAUCAACAUUCCUCUUGCUUGUACUCUCUUUAAUCAACACAUGCAAUAGUUUCUGUCUGCUUAA